GUUUGAGAAUACCUCUCAAAGUAUUUGCCGAAUAUUAUCCGUUUUUUGACUCGAUUGACGAUACACCAACCGAGUCAGCUCACUUCUGCUUCCUUACUUCGCUUGGUUCUCCGCACAGAUGUUUCAAGCUCGCGACUGAACUACGUCUCAAAAACCUCACAAGGGUGAUAUUUUUAUUUAGUGGGGAGAGGAACCGGUCUUUGUCCAAAGACAGAGGAGCAGGCCAGUGGCCCACCUAGGUACCCUUGGGUGUUUGCAUAGAAGAACCCGAGGCUCUACCUGCCCUAUCGCGCCGCUUGCAGCUCUGCGUUUCUACCGACCCGCACAAUCUUUGUUUCGACCCGUAAUAUCGUGGUAGAUUAUGGACUUGUCUUUCCCGUCCUGGGUUUUGGUCCAUUUGUGGCUCUCGUUUUGCCGCAUGACACGUCUUGGGUGCAUUUUCUCUACCGGGAACAAUGGGGUGAGAAUGUGAGAAUAUGUGAUUCACAUAUCGGAGUACCCAAAGUGGGCCUCCCUUGAUUCUCUCUCUCAUCUGGGUCGCCCUACCCAAGGCGUGGAUUGUUGUUAUUCUCAUCUCUUUGCUUGUAACAUUGACUUCUAUUUUUUUCCAUUUCUUGUCAUUUUCUCUCUCCACAGAUCAUCUCUCUAAUUAGGCUACUGCGAGCCUUCAGUCCAGUUCAGUUGGGCCGGCCCAGAUAGAAAACUGCGACAAAGGACGAUUAAUCAUCUUAAUUAUUUACAUCAGCGCUGGCGCGGGCCUAGACGGGGAGAAGGGGGAUGUAGGCCGGCUCAAUUUCGCUGGCUUGCCCCAGAGACAGCGGCCCAUUUGUCCUAGACCACAACUUUGGGUGAAGAUCAUCUCAACUCAUAGAAAGAGUUGUCACAUAGGAUGGUCUUCAGGCGAAAUGCUGCGUUUUUCGUCGCAGUGGCCCUCGCCGCCACUUCCGCCUCGGCCAUGGAGCUCACCAGCUCCGAAGUUCCGGCCGCAUGUCAGCAAAUCUGCAUGCCGGUAGUGCUCCUUUCGGGCGCCUGCGCGACUGCCGAGCGCCAAGUCUUGGGGGAUCACUCGUCGUCAGGGACAGCGAUACCGUCAUCAUCCACACCAUCGUUACCAGCAGCGGCACCUCCUUCAUCACCACCGCCUUCAUCGGCGCCGCCAUCAUCGGCACCGCCAUCAUCCUCACCGCCAUCAUCAUCACCGCCAUCAUCAUCACCGCCACCUCCGCCACCUCCACCAUCAUCGAGUCCCUCAUCCAGCAGCCCGACUUCCAUACCUCCUUCGUCGGUAGCAACAACAUCUCCGCCACCUCCUGUGUCAUCCCCGAGCGAACCUUCGCCAACCACCACGCCUCCAGCAACUACACAACCACCAGCUACCACUCCUCCUGCGGCGACGACCGCUCCGCCGGAAAACUCACCAUCAGAAACGACUCCGCCGCCGCAGCUAACACCAACGGAAGGCGUGACAACCCCGGCACCCGGACGUAGCCGCAAGGGCGAAGAUGACGGCAGCUCGUCGUCUUCGUCUUCAAGGAUCAAAUUUGGCCCCGCCGCAGAGUCCUUCCUGGCCGCGCUAUCGAUCGGCAAAUCCGAGCGGGAGCACAAAGCCAAGCAGCAGGGUGCCGGCGUUCCCGGCAACUACCCGCCUCUACCGACCCCUGUUCCGGGGUCGAGUUCUGUCCUGAAGCGGGACUUGAAGGGCCGAGACGGCGCGGUGGGCCGGCGGCAGGCGUCGAGCUCAGGGGAGAACUCGGACCAUGACCAGUUCCAGAGGGCGUGUUAUUGUCGGAACCUCAGCUUUGACGUCUCGGGCAUCUCGGGGCUGUGCGGGAGCUGCAUAGAUCAGAACUCGAAAACUGAUCAGGAACGGAAAGGCUUAGCCGACGCAAACGGCAUCUUAUCAAAGUGUGGAUUCCCCACCGCCACUUACAAUUCAGACUCGGCAAAGCAAGCGGCUGGCAUCACGCUGGUGGCCGUUAUGCCGUCGCGCGUAGCGGCCAACGGCACAGGAGGGCAGGUAUUCGUCCCUGGAACGAUGCCAAAAAACGAAGACGCCUCCACCACGAGCCCAGUCCCUUCCACCAAGUCUGGGAGUAGGGACGGCCAAGAUUCUGUUCAGAAGGGAGGGGUUGGCGAGAUGGCGACCUCCGGAUCCCUGGCUGUUCUGACCGCCGUCUGCUGGGCUAUAUUGGCACUGGUGGCUGUGUGACCACAAUAAGGCGUCCUUUUUGGUUUGCAAGCCGGUGGCAAGCAGGAGGUUAUGCUUGUGAGCGAGUGGCAGCCCAAGUAUGCAAGCUUGGGGGCUGUGUUUAACUUUCGCAAAAUGUACAUACUACUACUUAUUAAAUAACAGCCUAGUCUAGUCUGAAAUC